GUAAUUGGCCUACAAAAUGGAAAUUUUCUAGUACCAUCGAAAGGAAGUUUUCAUGAAACAAAAACCAAAAAAAAAAUUAAAAAAAAUAAAAAACAACUUGCUCUGAUUUCAAAAAAAUUCCAAGCAACACAAUUUUCAAGGAGUUGGAACAAAAAAAAUUAAAAAAACAUUGUCAUGACCUGCAAAAACCUUCCAAGUAAUUCAUAUUUCAUGGUGUUGGAUUGAAAAAAAAAGUAUCGCCUCAUACCAAAGAAUCAAUGAAAACAAAUAUACCAAAAAUCCAAUAAAAAUAAAAAAAAACGUUCAAACCUGAAAGUUCUCCAAGCAAUUUAUCAUCAAGGAGGUGGAGAGAAAAAACAGAUCACAAAAAUUUUUUUAAAAAUACAAUUUCAAAGUUAUUGCUGAAAACCAGAGCAAUCCUACAGAGCACCUCGAUAUUCUAUGUGGCAAUUCACAGACAACAUACGUUCAGCACAUUUGUGCCCAAAACAAUAUACAACCUCAAAAAUUAAAAAAAAGAAAAAAUUAAAAGGCUAAUAAUAAAUCGACCAAGAUUCGAACUACUUGAUGUACAUAUUGAUCACAUUGCGAAAGUUGAUUUAUAAAUAACCAAAAAAAAUUUAAAAACCCAAAAAAAUUAAUCCCAUGAUGUUCUACCGUCGAGAAAGCAGUGAGCCUGCCUCGUGCCAAUAAAAGAGAGGUACUACCCAACCGUGACGCCAAUGAGUGCAACGCCUCCUCGGCACCUACUUCCGGUAAAAGAGAGCCCGAAAUAUAUUAAUAAACGAUGGAUUCCAUCAACUGACUUUACAAGAAAGCCAUGGAACAUGGUCUUGGCCCUUAUUGAACUAUAUAAAUUUCAGAAACAGUUCCUAAUAACAGCAAGCACAAGUGCCUGAACAAAGAUUUCAAAGAAACUCAAAAAAAUAUCGCGAAAACCCCUUCGAGAAUUGUCUUGAAAAACAAAAAAAUUAAAAAAAAUCUUGUCAUACAACAUUUCAUUUUCCUUGGACGUCUUCCUUCUCAGACGGAAAUCCUUGUUGUAUAGACUCAAAAUCACAAAAGAAUCUUAAGCUAUCAGCGCUCUUGAUGAGAUCCUUGGCUCUACAAUUGAAAAUUUCUCACAACACAACAUGAAAUGGCUGAUGGCACAAGAAUUUAAUAUGACUUCGUUACUUCACUGUUGCGUUGUUUUUUUAAACCCAAAACAGUAUAAUUUCCGGCUAAUGCUCCCGGCAAAACCUUGACUUCGGUCAUUAAAAAAAAAUUGAAAAAUAUCGUCGCAGCCCAUCGACGCAAAAUUCCAAAAAGUAAACCAUAUAAUGGGCCAAAUUAGAUGUAAUUCACUUAAUGUUCUAGAAUAGCAACAAAACCGCCGCCUCCCAUCGACGAAAAAAUCCGAAAAAAAUUCAUUAAAUCUUGUUUACAGUUUCAAUAGUGGAAGCUAUCCGUCAAGUUCAAAAAUGCAGAAUUCGUUCAAGAUUUACCCAUUCAAAAAAAAAUGACAGCCAUUUAUGACGUCAUAAAUUGGAACAGUGGAAAAACUAGUGCAUAUUCUGCAUCUUCAAUACAACUUGGAUACUCUUCCAAUAGAAUGGGAAUAGUUAGUUAGCAAAACAAGGUCGGAAUGACAAAAUGCUUAGUCAAUGUAGUCAUCAGGCUUACAAUGUGACAGAAAAUAUUUUAGUCAUAACGAAUCAGCAUUAGUUUGCAAUCUUAAGAGUAAAAUUAUGAAGAAAAAUCAUUUUUGGAGUUUUCUUAUCAUUUACAGUAUUUUUCAUUAACUCUCCGCUUCCACUUUACAUAAAGUUAUUCCAUCUUGUAAUGUACAACAAUUUAUUUCUUGUUUCGAACUCCAGCCAUCAUUAAGUGGUCUCACAACUGCCACCUGUUGUACAUAAUUACUUACAUUUAUCAGACAAUAUUAUGAUAACCACAUCAAUAGCAGAUGAAAUGGGGUAGAAUGUGAUAAAGAAUGAAGACUCCAUGUUAGCAGUCUCCUGAAUUCACCGAAUCCCUUCGCACGAAGAAAUGUUCCUGCUAAAAUCGUUCAACGCCCUUUUGAUUUUCUUUUGUUUAAUUUUCAACCAAAAAAUGUAUUUCAUUCAAAGUUGACAAUAAAAAAUCAUAAAAACCAGUUA